CGUUUUACUAGAGAACAUCAAUCAAACCAGAGUUGUUCUUGAACGACAGGCAAAGGCCGUAUUUCUCUUUCACCCAGUUGUCUAUUUUUUCUGUAAAAAAGCAAGACUAGUGUUCGCCUUGCUCUAUGAGAAAUACAAAGUGACGUAGCCUAUAAACUCAGAAAUAUUCUGAAACAGUGGAUGCAAAAAAAAAAAAGAUAGGCUAUGCAAUUCAACGGUUUGCUGCUUUAUGAGCAGUUUACAGGAAAGAUGGCUCCAUAAAUCAGUCUCUGUGAAGGAGGGGUUAACAGUGCUCAGUGAGGUCCCAGGAGAGAUGUGCCGGCGCUUGUCUCUCCUUUUACACAGACACUAGAAAUCCCUCUUAGCCAUUUUGUCUUCUUGUCCUUUCUGCACCCUUCAGAGGACACGCAGCACACUGAGACAACUGACUGUGGAGAAGAUAACCUCCAUUUUACCCCCCCCACACACACACAUACACAGUAUCCUAAAAGCAGCUCCCCUGUAUUAUUAUUGUGUAUGUUUUCCUCCCCUCCCUGCAAGGAAGACGUGACGCUGGUGAGGCAGCAGAGAGUGGGGGAGGGGAAGACAGAGUGAGUGUGCUGGUGAGCCAAGCAGAGCAGGCAAGCGCGUGCGCGUGCGCGAGCAAGCGAACGGGCAUCUCUUGCAGGGAUUCAUUUGGAUGAGGUGUGGGGGGGGCUGGUGAUUGGCUGGGAGCGUGAGCAGCGUCACUCACGCAGGCAGGGGGGAAAGCUCACAAGCAGCGAGCACGGCGUAGCAUAGUGGAGCUGGGAGGAAACCCUUUUACAUUGGUUGCUGAACCCCCCCUCACGCACACUCCACACACACCCCCACCCCUCACACAGCUGCAGCCAGGAGGGAGGUGAUCCUCUCUGCUCACGUCAAUUUUUACUCCAAGCGCUACCCAUCUGCUGCUGCUGCUUCUCUCUCUCUUCGGCUCUGGACGCAACCUGCUAGCCUCCAUCUCCUGUCCUCUUCUUCCUUCUCCUCCUCCUCCUCCUGCUCUGCCGUCCGUCCAGCUCGUCACGCCGCUGCAGCCAUGAACUACCUGCGUCGCCGUCUAUCCGACAGCACCUUCAUCUCCAACCUGCCGAAUGGCUACUUGUCGGACCUCCAGAAGCCGGACCCCCCACAGCCUCCUCCCCCGCAGCCAGAGGUUUCGGCACCUGCGUCUGGGGGACAGGUCGGCGGAACACCGCCGCCCAGCACUUCCCCAGCCGUGGAGGGCAAGCCCCAGCCUCAGACCCAGCCCCAGCCCAAGCCUCAGCCAGCGUCCCAGCCGACCGGCACGGGGUUCUUCAGCUCCAUCACCAACGUGGUGAAGCAGACGGCAGCCUCAGCGGGACUGGUGGAGCAGACCCCCGUCACGGCGCCCAAGAAGUUUAAGAUACUGCUGGUCAUUGAUGAACCCACACAGGAGUGGGCAAAAAUGUUCAGAGGGAAGAAGGUACAGGGAGAUUAUGACAUCAAAGUUGAACAGGCCCAGUUUGGUGACAUUGAUGUGGUAUCCCAUGCCAGUGGGACAUGCACUGUGGCAAUGCAGGUCUGGAGGAAUGAGACAAAGGUGAUCAGGUCAUUCAAGCCGGACUUUGUGCUCAUCCGCCAGCACGCCUACAGUAUGACAGAGAACGAGGACUUCCGCAACCUCAUCAUCGCGCUGCAAUACUCUGGCAUUCCCAGCUUAAACUCCUUGGACUCCAUCUAUAACCUCUGUGACAAACCCUGGGCUUUUGCUCAAUUGAUUGGUGCAUACAGAAGACUUGGCCCAGAAAAGUUCCCUCUCAUUGAGCAGACAUACUAUCCAAACUACAAGGAAAUGGUUGCCAUGCCGACAUUUCCUGUUGUUGUGAAAAUUGGACAUGCUCAUUCAGGAGUGGGCAAGGUGAAAGUGGACAAUCAUAGUAAAUUUCAGGAUAUUGCCAGCGUUGUGGCUCUCACAAAGACAUACACCACCUCAGAGCCUUUCAUCGAAUCUAAGUAUGACAUCAGGAUUCAGAAGAUCGGGACCGAUUACAAGGCUUACAUGAGGACAUCUAUCUCUGGGAACUGGAAAUCAAAUACAGGCGCUGCAAUGCUUGAUCAGAUUGCCAUGACAGACAGUUAUAAACUUUGGGUUGACACCUGUUCUGAGAUGUUUGGCGGCCUGGACAUUUGUGCAGUUAAAGCCAUCCAUGGCAAAGAUGGGAAGGAUUAUAUCACUGAGGUGGUGGGCUCCUCAAUGCCCCUGAUUGGAGAUCAUCAGACGGAGGACAGGCAGCUGAUCUGUGACAUGGUUAUUGCUAAAAUGAACGCAGAAGCGGGAUUAACUUCUAAACUCCAAAGGCCAACUACCAUUCAACCAUCACAGAUGCCCACGGAGAAGGAAGUCGGGAAUGACUUGAAGAAGACCCCGACCCAGAAGCCCCCGCCUCAAGGUUGUUUACAGUACAUUCUGGACUGUAAUGGCGUUGCGGUGGGUCCCAAGCCUGUCCAGGCUAACUAAGACCACAGACAAGUAGACAUAAGAGUAGAAGUGUUUAGAAGUGCAGCCAAGGAUCAGUCGCGUUGAGAUAAAACCACAACGCAUUGUGUUCCCUGAGAUCAAGUUAGGACGAGGGGACUGGGUGGACAAGCUAAAUGAGAGUUUAAGCGUAACUUCUCUGUGUAUGUACACCUGCACAGUGUGUCAUGUUGGCCUGGGCGGUGUUUGUCAUUCCUAUGCAGUGUCAAAAUGUACCGUUCCCCUUGUUCCGCUGACAAUUUGUGUGCUUUUGAUGGUCGCUUUGGUUUUUCCCCUGUAAAAGUGAGUGUUUUUGAUUUUCUUCAGGGCUGUUGUAAGUUGUGUAAAGAGCAGAUUGUGCCUAUACUGUUCUCAGUGUCACUUGUACCCAUUUGAGUUUUAUAAUUCAACAUCGUAUAUUUAUUUAUUUACUUGUUCCACUUUUCCAUUUUGUUGCAUACUUAUUUAUGAUGUUCAAACUGUGGUUGGAUGUGCAGUUUGACGUGUGUGUAAUGUGCGUCUGUAAAUACAUAUACGUAUGCUUGUAUGUAUGGCCAUUGUGGAGAUUAUAUUCAUCCUCAUAUUUACAUGUCCCAGCCUAAUAUACAUGUUUUUAUUUGCAUGAAUGGUUUUAAUAAGAGAUAAUUGUGAUGAAUUGUGAGGUCAGGAUAAAGUAUGUAUUUUGUGACUGCACUGUUCGAAUAUCCUAUAUUUUGUGCACUACGAGCUUGGUGAAUAUCAUAACAUGUUGUCCCUAUUUUGAAGUAUAUGUGAAGUGUAUAUGCCGGUAAGAAAAGCUACAUCACACUAACUAAACAUGCUAUAUAUAUUUAAGAGUUCAACAACAUUUAGCUAUCAGUCUACUAAGCAAAAUGCAUCCAAUUCUGAACCCCUGUGAAAAUAGAAGAGAAUGGAACUAUUGAGUCCAUUAUUCACAAUAAUACCCAAAUCAUUAGUCUCUAUGCACAACACAGCUUUGGAUAACAGUAUACAGAAAAAAAAACUAUGACCAACACCUUGUAAUAUAUACAGUAUAUAUACCCAUAUACUUUAAAGCCAAAGGAUGAGAACUACACAUUACACAUUUCAUUUCACAUGAUUCAGCACUUAUUUGCACUAUUCUUUUUUUCAUUUAUCAUCUCACAAACAUAGCCUAACUCUGCCAAUUCUGUUUGAUGUAUCAUAGAAAAAUUCUGUAGUCUUUUUUUAUUCCUUUUUAGCCUUCCUUUAUAGAUAAAAGCCAUAUUUGACACACACUGUCUUUGUUCAAUGAACGUUGUGAAGUAUGGCAAGUAGAUAUAUAAUUUAUUUUUUGAGCAUUUUGUCUGUAGGAUAAAACUGAGUAUUCAGACUAUCAGCCAAAUUUGGCUAAUGAGCCAAGCCAUAUCAGGCCAUAUAUGGAGGCGUAAUUAGUUUGAUACUAUCUCUGUCCAGGUCAUGUAUGGCAGUCAUGGAUCAUAGUGAGUAUGGUUUUGCCGUUUGAAGAUUAUUUUUUCUAUUUGCCUUAUUUGAAUUAGUUUGUGGGAUGUGCAAUACAAUGUUUAUUUUCUUUAACAGAUUGCUCUGCCCAAAUAAGACAUAGUAAUAUAUAUUAGUUGAAACUGACCCACUGUGCAUACUCUGAAAGGGAACUUGUGUCUUGUCUUUUAGCCUAUUUAGCAGAUGACUAGAAUGAUCCUGUCAUUCGGGGUGAGAUAUAUACUUAACGAAUAACAGGAACUGCCUGUUUGAUGGGCUUACGGUUUCCAUGCUAAUUUUGAAAGAUGCAUGAGUCCAUCAUUAUGAUCUGAGAUAUCAGCCAUCUUACUUCAUGCUUAGUAUAAGCAGUUAGUGGUUAGUAGGCAUUUCAUUGCUAAUCACCAAUCACUGAACAAAAUUGUAAAUUUGUAGUAACAAAAGACUUGUUCCUAAUUAUGAAUUUAUUGUACUUGUGGAAAGUGUAAAGUGUUUACUAAGCUUUGUGUCAUUCUAUGAGUUGUACUGUAACAAAGUGUCAAGAUAAGCAAAAUAGAAAUAGUUCCAAUUUUCAUCAUGAUUGGAUUCUAAUCUCUCUGAUCAUUUCAUUUAGCUGAGUGCACCAACUUUACUGCAGAAGUGUUGGGUGAUUAACAGAAACUACAGACCACAAUGAGAUAUUUUUAGCCAUAACUGCAAUCAAUCUCUACCCUGCACCAUUAGUCAAUUAUGUACAGUAUUCAGUAUAAUUAAACUCAAUUACUUGGCCUUCGGGCACUGUGAUUUCUUAGUGCCAGUUCAAUAUUUGACUGAUAUAAAGGCGACAUUCGUUCACUACAAAUCUGAGAUAAUACUGUGGAUAAAUUCCUUUAAGUGAUGAUAUCUUUCUUUCUCACAGGCAAUAAAGGUUCAUUUGCAAUAUACUAUAUGCUCGCUGUGUUGCUACAUCUGUUACUGAAGGACUAGUUAAUGUCAGACAACCAGCACUGAUCUCUAUUACUAAUGACUAACACUGUUCUCAUGGUGAGGUGUGCAAAAAUGACAAUACUAAUCAGUACUGUCGACCCCAAUGUUUAGUUAAGCAUAAGUCCUUUCUUAGAACACAGAAGACAGGUAUGUCCCGAUCCUCCCCUACAUUUUCCUACUAUCCAUUUGUUGCAUGAAGAUUGAUGUUCUGCAGAAUCUUUACUUUGUUUCCUCAUGCCCCAUGCUACUUGUGCCUUCUUAGGUAGCUGUGGGAAAUAUUGUGUUGUGGCUUUUGAUGUUUAUAAUGUUCCCUGGAGGACUCCGCUAAAUUGAAUGUAAUAAAAUUCAUGUUACAAAA